AUGUUCUUCCUAACAGGGUUUCAGGGUGCUCAAAAAGGCCCUUUUCACCUAUCCUCUUGCCAUUUUAAAAAGAAAACAAAGUACGACGCUCUCGCAGCUAAAUCUUUGGAGGCACAACUCCUUUCCUACUUCAGUACCUCGCAGCGUUAUCUAGAUAUUUCCCUCCCCACCCUUCAGAUGAAAUCUUCGUUGGAUGCAUCUGCUAUUAUCCAGCCCAUGCUCUUUCCAUCUUCCUUCAAUAGUCAACCGCCCCCUCCCGACGCGACAAAAACUAUCCCCAAGAAAGAAAAUUUAAAUAGUUCAAUAAUGGAAGAAACGAGUCUUUAUUGCACUACGACUGACUUUCAAAAUGCCGCUCGACAUCGUCCAGAAUGCAAGGAUAUGGUGCGUUACCGCCUUCUAUCCUCACGGUUCACAAAUAAUAUUGAAAAAGGGUUUAAAGAACACGAGUAUUGCGAGUGCAGCUUUACAACUAUUCAACAAAAAAUAGAGAACAUAUGGGAAAACGCACACGCCACGUACCGCUCGUUUGUGAUGCCUCAAAACGACCUUUCUUCGCGCACAAGUGGAGAAGAAACGGGCUUCACAUCUUCUCCGAAAUGGAGGGUGGGGAGGUUGCCGGAUCGUGUGGUUUUUAUUAUUAUGCAUAGCAGCUGUCAGCACACCUUUCCGGUUGGGGAGCCCAUGCGGACGCUUUACGAGCGUAUUUGCCAGCUUGCCUACGAAACCCCUCGCGCGGGUGGUGAUAAAAUACUCCGAAUGGUGCCCAUACGGAUUGGACUGAAGGAUUCUGAGCUCAAUGACAUUCCAAAAUACUACGAACCUUACGAAAAGAAUAGUGAAACCAAUGAAAACAACAACCAAAAUAGUAAUACCGAGUCUAAUCAAGCGAACGGUCCAUUUAGCGGCCUUUCUUAUUCUCCGGGCCUUUAUUUUCCGUACGGCGGGUUGUAUACCCUACACGGCGUCCUCCAACGACUGCGCGCACUACCCUCCAUUAAUAUACCGACAAAAAUACCUACAACAAAACUUACACAAAAACAAAAUUUGGAAAGAAGAUUUAAUGGGGGCUGUGGUACUCUUAAACGGCGUAUUAUAAUUCUUUCGGAUGCCUGGCUGCAGCCUCGUCUAGCGGCGGCAAUGCAUGGGGCUGCAAUUGAUCCUGAAAAGGAUUGGUUAGAGCGAAAAAGCCACGAAAAUUGUGUGAAGUUUGCUUGCAAAAAGGCAAUGGAAUGUAAAAUUCAAAAACCUCUUGGAAAACGAUUGACACGUUACCGAAAUGAUGAACAUACCGUGAGUGUCUUUCCGGCCGUUAUGAGUGAGGGGUUGAGCGAGAAAGAGAUCGAUGCUUUUGCACGAUAUGCUCUUGUUCACUAUAUACUAAGUUAA